AUGAGUCUGCUUUAUAACAGGUGUCAAAAAACUGUUGAAUUAGAUGAGGAUGCUGCUGAUGCUACAAAGGACAAAUGUACAGAAAUAAUUGCCUUCCAAGCAGGGGCCUCAGAGCCGCCAAAUUCUCCAGUUGUAAACAAAAUCUCCCAAGAAUAUGAGGAAGAUGCCAAUACUUCAGAACUGGAAUCAAUAGAAGUUGAGUUUGCUGGGACGCCUUUGAUCAAAUUGUCUCCAGGAAAACCAGGCAAGAGAGUGGAAAUAAAGACUCCUUCCCCGAAACUAGAUUCAGUUAACAGGGAUGUGCUGAACAGGACUGAGGGGGAAAGCAAGACUGAGAUGGACGAGUUUUUAGUCCCCACGGCAACUUCACAUUUUGAUGAGGAUACUUCUGGUGAUCCUGACCUGAAGCUGCUGGGUGGCUGCAAAAUUCAGAAUUCCCCUGAGAAGUCUGUGCCUCGUAUUGAGAGAACAAAUGUCAAAGAGAAGAACAUCCCAGCAAAAGCAGAAUUUCCUCCAAUACAACAGUGUAAUUCUCCAGAUGAAUCCAAAGCUGUUGAUAUACCACCCGAGACACAGGAGAAGACGGAGCCGUUAGUAACUGACGACAAAGCUUUGGUUGAAGCAGAAACCCAGUCUGAGCCUUCAGUGGAGCAAGAGGUGAGCCAGAGUACCUCCUUGGGCGAUGGUGAAGCAUCAUUAAGUAAUCAUCACUUAAUGUCUAAAACGUCUUGUGGAAUGUCUGAAAUGGCUGUGAAUGCAGAAAAUGAGGAGUUCAAAUCGCCCAGAGAAAUUUUAGGACUGAACAUAGAGCUGGACUACUUGGAACAGUUUGGGAUGGCCUCGUUCAAGGAAUCUGCUUGGAGGAAGCAGUCCCUCUAUCUGAAAUUUGAUCCUCUGCUCAUUGAAAGUCCUAAGAAAAUGGGUCCUCAAACAAUUGCAACAGUUCCUGCAGUUCCUGCUUUAGGAGGACAGGAUACUGAAAUACCUCCUCCUGAAAUAAAAACUCCUGAAAGUGAUAAGAAUCUAUUAAAAAUGAACCUGCUAGGAACAACCCCAGACCUGGCUGAAGCUUCUCCAGACAUCCCAACUACCAGUGGUCUUCCACAGUUCCCUUGUGCUCCUGUGCCUACUGGGGCCAUCAUAGAUGUGUUGCAGUAUAGCCAGAAAGACAUGGAUGCGGCCGUAGACGAGGCGAAGCGAGAGGUGGAUGCUGUUGUUCAAAAGCUUACUUCCGAGGUGCAAGAAAAGCAGAGGGAAGUUUUGGAAUGGAAGGCAAAGUAUGACAAAAUUUCCAUUGAAACGCAAGAAAUGAGAAAAAUACUGGCGGGAUUCGAAGGCACCAUAACACAAAUAGUGGAGGAUUCCGAGAACCAGAAGGAGCUUGCCAGAAAAGAACUGCAGAAAGCACUCGACGAAAAACAGCAACUCGUCUCUGACCUGAAUUCCAUGGAAAAAUCGUUUGCCGACCUCUUCAAACGAUCGGAGAAGCGGAAAGAGGCCAUAGAAGGCUUUCAGAAGAAUGAAGAGGCUCUGAAGAAAUGCGUUGAAGAAUAUGCUGCCAGGGCAAAGAGGGAAGAGCAGAGAUACCAAGCCCUGAAGGCCCACGCGGAAGAAAAGCUAAGCCAAGCCAAUAAAGAGAUCGCCGAACUAAGCAGUAAAACCAAAGCGGAGGCGGCAGCACUGCAGGCUACUCUGCGCAAGGAGCAAGUGAGAGUCCAGUCGCUGGAGAAACAUCUGGAGCAGAAGGUGAGGGAAAAUGACGAACUCACAAAAAUCUGUGAUGACUUGAUUUCGAGGAUGGAGAAGUAAAUCUUUUUUGUCACUGUUUCAAAUCUAUUCUGUCAC